GUGAGUCGGAUUCCGUCGGGGCGGGUCGUCACUACAUUCUAUUAUAACACUACAUAGAAAUUGUGUAUUAUACAUUAAGUGUAGAGUAGGGCGGCCCGAUUAUUAACCCGACCUACGUACUUAAUUAAAACAGUCACAAUGCUUCACCUAAAGAACAUCGCCAAAUCGGUGGUUCCACCUCUAAAGAAUACCAUCCAGAACGAGGCAGUCAAACUGACGCCUGCUGCUGUAAACGUAUGCUGCCGCACAUACGCUAGCCAUGAAAUACCAGACAGGCUUAAGGAUAUUCCGACCCACGCAAACCCAAGGUUCUUCGACAUGGUGGAAUAUUUCUUCCACAGAGCCUGCCAAGUGAUCGAAGAUAAACUGGUAGAAGACAUAAGGUCAAGAGGUUCCAUUGAGGAGAAGAAAAAGAAGGUAGCCGGUAUUCUGAAGCUGAUGCAGCCAUGUGACCACAUCAUCGAAAUUCAAUUUCCCCUGAGGCGCGACUCUGGCGAUUACGAAAUGAUCCUAGGUUACAGAGCGCAGCAUUCCUCACACAGGACUCCAACCAAAGGAGGUAUCAGAUUCUCAACCGAUGUCUCCAGGGAUGAGGUCAAGGCCCUUUCUGCUCUGAUGACAUUCAAGUGUGCGUGCGUCGAUGUACCAUUCGGUGGUGCUAAGGCCGGUAUUAAGAUCAACCCUAAGGAGUACUCCGAGCAUGAGCUGGAGAAGAUCACCCGUCGUUUCACCCUCGAGCUCGCCAAGAAGGGCUUCAUUGGGCCCGGUGUGGAUGUGCCCGCCCCUGACAUGGGUACCGGAGAGCGCGAGAUGUCGUGGAUCGCCGACACCUACGCCAAGACCAUCGGAUACCAGGACAUCAACGCACACGCUUGUGUCACUGGAAAGCCUAUCAACCAGGGAGGUAUCCACGGCAGAGUGUCCGCCACUGGUCGUGGUGUGUUCCACGGUCUGGAGAACUUCAUCAACGAGGCCAAUUACAUGAGCAUGAUCGGCACUACUCCCGGAUGGGGCGGUAAGACCUUCAUCGUCCAAGGUUUCGGUAACGUGGGUCUCCACACUUGCCGUUACCUCGUCCGUGCUGGUGCCACUUGCAUCGGUAUCAUCGAGCACGAUGGCUCCAUCUAUAACCCUGAUGGCAUUGACCCCAAGGCCCUCGAGGACUACAGAAUCGAGAACGGCACUAUUGUCGGUUUCCCCGGAGCCAAGGCUUACGAAGGCGAGAACAUGUUGUACGAGAAGUGCGACAUCCUGGUGCCCGCCGCCAUUGAACAGGUCAUCCACAAGGAGAACGCUCACAAGAUCAACGCUAAGAUCAUCGCUGAAGCCGCCAACGGUCCCACGACCCCAGCGGCGGACAAGAUCCUGAUUGACCGCAACAUCCUUGUCAUCCCCGACUUGUACAUCAACGCUGGUGGUGUCACCGUCUCCUUCUUCGAGUGGCUCAAGAAUCUGAACCACGUGUCCUAUGGACGUCUCACCUUCAAAUAUGAGCGCGAGUCCAACUACCACCUCCUGGAAUCCGUACAGGAGUCGUUGGAGAGGCGUUUCGGCCGCGUCGGAGGUCGCAUUCCAGUCACACCCUCCGAGUCCUUCCAGAAGAGGAUUUCUGGUGCCUCCGAAAAAGACAUCGUGCACUCUGGUCUCGACUACACCAUGGAGAGAUCGGCUAGGGCCAUCAUGAAGACUGCCAUGAAGUUCAACCUGGGCUUAGAUCUGAGAACAGCGGCGUACGCCAACUCCAUCGAGAAGAUCUUCACCACGUACGCCGACGCUGGACUUGCAUUCUAAACACUCACUAGAUAAAUUGAAGUAUUGUCUGCAUUUUAUUGACUUCAUUUUAGUCCCUAUGCACAUAAGUGUAAUUUUUAAGACAUUAUUAUCACAGUAUUUUUGUUUGUUGGAAUCAUGGCUUUUUACUUUAUUGUUAAGCGAAUCGUUAAACUUUUAAAGUGAAAAUUUAAUUUUCCAAUUGUAUCGUCUUGAAUUUUGAAUAAAUUGUUUUACUGUUAUUCCUAA